UCUCUCUCUCUCUCUCUCUGUGCUCACAGUGCACACUGACUGUCUCUCUACCCACCGACUGUCCCCACACACCGGCUGAAAACAUCCUUGCGCUUGGGAGGUGAUCCAGGAUUUGAGAAGAGGAGAGGACGAGGAAACAUCACCCACACACCCGGACACACCAUGCAGAUACUCGGGGUCCCUUUUUUGCUGUUUUGGCUCAUGUGGGGCCACUCCUGCGCACUCGGCGAAAAAGUCAAUAAGCACAAGCCGUGGAUAGAGACAUCUUACCAUGGUGUGAUCACAGAGAACAUGGACACGGUGCUGCUGGACCCUCCGCUGGUAGCUCUAGACAAGGAUGCCCCUGUCCCCUAUGCUGGGGAGAUUUGUGCUUUUAAGAUCUAUGGUCAGGAUGCUCCAUUCGAGGCUGUGGUGUUGAAUCGAACAUCAGGAGAAGGAGUCCUGAGGGCCAGUAGCCCUGUGGACUGUGAGAACCAGAAAGAGUACACCUUUAUAAUCCAGGCCUAUGACUGUGGGGCUGGACCCAGUGGAGCUGACUGGAAGAAAUCUCACAAGGCGGUAGUUCACAUCCAGGUGGAUGACGUCAAUGAGUUCUGCCCUGUGUUUCGGGAGCCACUCUACAAGGCAUCAGUAACAGAAGGCAAGAUCUACGACAGCAUUUUGCAGGUGGAAGCUUGGGACCAAGACUGUUCACCACAGUACAGCCAGAUCUGCAACUAUGAAAUCGUUACUGCAGGGACGCCAUUUGCCAUAGACCGCAAUGGUAACAUCAGAAACACAGAGCGGCUCAGCUAUGACAAGCAGCAGAGCUACAAGAUUAUGGUGACGGCCUUUGACUGUGGUCAGAAGAAAGCAAAGGAGGAUGUGGCUGUGCAUAUUGAUGUCAAGCCUGUCUGCAAACCUGGAUGGCAAGGUUGGAACAAGCGGGUCGACUAUGAGCCAGGGACUGGAAGCAGGCAGCUGUUUCCCAAGAUGCACUUGGAAACGUGUGGCGGUCCCCUGUCUGGCGUGAAAGCCAUGGUGGAGCUGCAGACCAGUCACAUCGGGAAGGGCUGUGACCGGGAAACAUACUCUGAGAAGUCUCUGCAAAAACUGUGUGGUGCAGCAUCAGGCAGCACCGACCUCCUUCCUGCCCCAAGCCCUUCAACAAACUGGACGGCGUCUCUGCUGACAGACAGUGGCCGAGACAGCGACCUCAUCUACAGAUUUGACGGUCACCAGGCUGCUAAUGUUCCAGACCACGUGGUACCCCAAAACCUGACAGACCAGUUCACCAUCGCAACAUGGAUGAAACACGGCCCCAGUCCAGGACUCAGAGCUGAGAAGGAAACCUUACUGUGUAACUCUGAUAAGACUGAGAUGAACCGCCACCAUUAUUCUCUGUAUGUUCACAACUGCCGCCUGGUGUUCCUGCUCAGAAGAGAUUUCAUUCAGGUCGACACUUUCAGACCCGCCGAGUUCCACUGGAAACUGGAGCAGAUCUGUGACAAGGAGUGGCAUUAUUUUGUGAUCAAUGUGGAAUUUCCUGCAGUGACACUAUUUGUGGAUGGUGUGACUUAUGAACCCUACCUGGUGACGGAUGACUGGCCCAUCCACACCUCAAAGAUUGAUACACAGCUGUCUGUGGGCGCCUGCUGGCAAGGUGGUGAAGUUGCGACCCCGAGGUUCACCCAGUAUUUCCAUGGCAGCCUAUCAGGUCUUACAAUCCGACCAGGCCGCAUUGAAACCCAGAAGGUUAUCUCCUGUUUGCAGGCCUGCAAAGAAGGCCUUGAUAUUAACUCCCUUGAAAGCCUCGCUAAGGACAUCAAGUUCCAUUUUAACCCUGCCCAAUCUGUGCUGGUGGUGGAAGGAGAGGAUGUGGACAGCAUCAACACAGCCAUGACCAAGGUCUCCUACAUCAACUCUCGCCAGUUCCCUACGGCAGGCCUCCGCAGGCUACAUAUCACCACCACAGUACAGUGUUUCGGAGAGGACACGUGUCUCUCCAUCCCAGACAUCAAAGCUGUAGUGAUGGUCCUGCCGCCCAGUGAACCGAGAAUCACCAUUACAGGAUCUAAUCGACUCGUCAGGCCUGCCAAUGACCUGAGGGGCCCGCUGGGUGUGGCACCCUUCAAAGAGCUUCACAUCACCAGCACAGUAAUGAAGGGAGACAGCUUCAGUGGAUCCCGCAGACCAGGUGUGAUGGAGGUGAUGCAUAACCUGGACUAUUGUGAUGUGCUGGUAAUUGGAGAGGAGCUGAAUCCUGAGAGAGAGAGUCUGGAGAUUCAUCACAGUGCUUUGUUAGGAAAACAUCUGGAUGCCACCAACUCCACCUCUGGAAUAUCAAUAUACGGUGUGGACUCCAUGGCUCACUACGAGCAGGCACUGAGACAGGUGCGCUACAGGAACUGGCGACCUGCCACUCUGAGCGAGAGAAGGUUCAGACUCACCUGCUCCGAACUCAACGGACGUUACACCAGCAAUGAGUUCAAUUUAGAGGUCAGUGUUCUUCACCACUCAGCACCUGUGGAACAUGUCAAUCACAUGGCUGCCCAACCUCAGUACAUGAGACCUGUCCAUCACCCACUCAUGAUACACACUCUCAACUCACACUUGUCAGGGCCAGCCCCUCCAGCAGCCACAGUAGUUAUUGUGGUUUGUAUCGCCGCCCUGGUGGUGAUUGUGGUGAUUGGCGUGUACAGGAUCCACACCACACACCAGGAAGGGUCCAGAGAAGACGAGGAUGAGGUCAAAGACACUGAGGAAGAAGACUGGGACAACUCUGCACUCACCAUCACUGUCAACCCCAUGGAGAACAUAAAAGGAGCUCAGGCGCUUGACGAAGAGGUAAAAGAAGAAGGACGUGAGGAGGAGGAAGAAGAAGAGGACGAGGAACAAGUGGGAGGAAUGACGAGUGCUGAGUCAGACAACAGUGAUGAAGAUGAAGAGGAGGAAGAUGAGGACGAGAGAGAAGAGGUGAAAGAGAGGAAGCAGAAGGGAAAACUCGAGUGGGACAGUUCCUCCAUAACAUACUGACCACACCUGUACACACAGAGUAACAUAAACGUGCACACUCCUUACAUGUUCAUCUCUCUCUCGACACACACACACGUGCAAACAUACACACACACAUCAUCCUUCCUUCUCACUACAUGCACACAUACGAACACAGAAACAAAAUCUCUGAUAAAAUUAUUUACAAUCUGUUGCUGGAAAAAA